AUGGUGACGAAGGGCAUUGUUUUGGGGCAUAAAAUAUCAAGCAAAGACGUUGAAGUUGACAAGGAAAAAAUUGAAGUGAUUGAGAAAUUCCCAACUCCUAUCUCAGUGAAGCGCAUAAGGAGUUUCUUGGGGCAUGCAAGUUUUUUUCGGAGAUUCAUUAAAGACUUUUCCAAGAUCUCCAAGCCACUUUUCAAUUUAUUAGAGAAGGAUGUUCCCUUGAUUUUUGAUGGGGCAUGUGUGCAAGCUUUUGAAGAGCGUGAAAAAAAGCGAAGAAACAAGGUGUUCCACUCUAAUUAUUACACAAGUUGUACGUUAACGGGACCCCAAGUGAAUUAUACUGUGACUGAAAAAGAGUUGUUGGGCAUUGUAUAUGCUUUUGAUCAAUUCCGCUCUUAUCUUGUGGGUGCCAAGGAUUUUUGUUUGGAGAUACAAUAUCGAAAGGGAGUGGAAAACAAGGUGUUUGACCAUUUAUCACGGAUGGAACAUGAUGGUUUAUCUCAAAAUCAUGUUCCUAUCAAUGAGACCUUUCCUGAUGAGCAGAUUUUUGAGAGAGUAGGUAAUAUCUCAACGAGGAAUGAAAUACCUCUCACUAAUAUACUUGAGGUGGAAUUGUUUGAUGUUUGGGGGAUUGACUUUAUGGAUCCUUUCCCUCCGUCCUUCGGGAAUCUAUAUACCUUAGUGGCGGUUGAUUAUGUUUCUAAGUUGGUGGAGGCAAUAGCUAGUCCUACAAAUGAUUCUAAAGUGCAAAAUACAGUGUUUGCCACGGGGUAUCAUCCACAGACCAAUGAGCAAGUUGAGAUAACAAACAAAGAGAUUAAAAGUAUUCUUGAAAAGAUGGUGAGAUCAUCAAGGAAGGAUUGGUCGCAACGAUUAGAUGAUGCUUUGUGGGCCUAUCAGACAGCUUACAAAACCCCAUUGGGCAUGUCUCCAUAUCGCUUGGUCUUUGGGAAGGCUUGUCACCUACCUGUGGAACUUGAGCACCGUGCCUAUUGGCAAAAAUCACGCUGGUCUGGUCCUUUUACAGUAGCGAGGGUGUAUCCAUAUGAGGCGGUGGAUUUAAAAGAUUCUAAUGGGGUUGAGUUUAAAGUGUAUAGGCAGCGACUGGAGCACUAUUUUGGAGGUGAGGUCAAGAGGAACAAGACUUCACUCCACUUAGCUGAUCCAUGA